GCAGAUAAGAUGGCUGCUGAGCCGCCACCCAGAACCUUGGAUAUCAGGGAACCACAGAUCUUACGACAUUACCCAGGCGAUGCCAACGGAUUUUUCUGGCACCAUCGAGUGCUCCUUGAGAAAACAGGGCCAGGAGUCUGGAUAGGUGUUACUCCAGAUGGAGACAUAGAGCGGAUUGACCUCAACAUCAUCGUCCAUGUGCCUUUGGAGCGGCGAGCUGAUUUUCCUGAGGGUCAAGCUCCGUUUGUCUACGCCUUUGACCCGAUCCCCCGAGCAGAUCUUGAAGCCUACCAUCGACGGGCGCGUGUCAUGGCCAACCUCUUCAACGACGCUGCCGGUGAGGACGUGGAUGCCUAUGAGUGGUUGCGGACACUACCCGGAAUUUCCACCGAUCAACUCGAUUUGUCCAACCUCCUCAUGGCAGAGUUUUGUGUUCGCCGCCUCAUCCAAAUCGAGAUGGCGGCCGUGACCAUGGACUUCAACAACUGGGUCGCGGGCAAACUCAAGGGGCGCGCAAACAUCCAGAAGCAGGCCCGGCUCUACUAG